CAUAUACUCAUGCGCGCUUUGUAUGUGUAACAGUGUGUGUUUAGGCUUCACAGUUCACACAGUGGGUUUUGAGUUAAUACCGAUCCAAAAGCUCUACCUUUUUGCAUCGGGUGUACACCUCCAACACGGCAGAGAGAGUUCACCAUUAUCAUCUUCUCUGUGUGGGGUUUAGAGAGAGGAAGUGGGGUGCAAUUUUGUAAAAUACCCGGAAAGAGAAUAAGCUUGUGAGGUGGGGAAAAAUAAUAAGAAAAAAGCGCUUAGCGUCAAAGAAAAGAUUUUUCUCAUGAGUUUCUUUGACCUCAUUCCAUACUAGGGAAUGAUUAAGAAGAGUCGGCAAUAUCUCCUUUUGGGGCCGGCAUAUUAGCAGCAAUCUUUGAAUCUCCACUAAUUUGAGCUUAAAUAUGCUCAUUGCAAGUAACUGAUCUUUAAUUUUCCUGUUUCCAUCCUCAUUUGCUCGAAUAGUAGAACGAGGUGUGGAUUUCGUUACUGCCUGGGUGAAUAGUUUUUAGUAUUUGCAGUUUAAACCGAGGCUAAAUUUCAUCAUCAUUUAUUUCAGCAAUCUCCACAGUCUUGCUCUCUUCUCUUUCUUCCAUUGAAAUUUGAAAAUAGGGGAAUAGCUUCAUGAUUUUUAAACUCAAUUUCCUCUGCUGAUCUUGGAACCCACUGAUAGUUUAUAUAAAUGCAGCUUUAUUCUUUGACCAUUGUCCUUUGAGAAUUGUGCAGGUUUUGUCGUUAAAGGACUUGUGUUAGUGAUCUUAGGCCUUUUUAUAUCAGCUCGUAUGUCAAUUGUCAAUAGAUAGUUUCUAGUUUCUUUUGCCUGUCAUUUUAUAAAAACCUAUACCGGUAAGCUGUAUCCUUAGGCUGAAGUGAUUUUACAGACAUUUGAUUAUUCAUCGUUUUCUGCUACUUGGAAAAGUAGAUAAAUUUCAUUGGCCCACUUUUAUGGUUAAAUUAUGUCUUGCUAUCUGCGGGUACCUUCAGAUUUAACUUAGCGUCUUUGUGGAUUUUAUGACAGGAUUUGUUCGUUUGGUUUUAUCGCAGUUUGAUUAUAACUGGUGAAACAUGACAAAUCAAGGCAGCACAAAAGUUCGAUUAGUUAGAUGUCCUAAAUGCAGACAGGUUCUUGCAGAGUUGCCUGAGGUUCCCCUGUACAAAUGUGGAGGUUGUGGUACUGUUCUCCAAGCUAAAAACCGGCGACCAGAGACCAACAGCUCGGGAUCGUCCUCACAAGAAACAUGUUCUGCUGCAAAAAGUCAACCAGAUGAACUUCUAGAAGCUGGUAGCUCAAGUCAGCCUUUCACCAGUCCACCCGAAAUAGAAACUUUGUCCGACAAAGACAACGCACGAUGUAAUGGAAACUCAUUGGAACUUGGUGAGGACACAAGCAACCUUUCCGGCUCUCCCGAGGCGCCAGAUGAAGGUUCACCCACAGAAACUAAAAAUUUUAUAGCACACAGCUCUGUACAUCAUAUUUCCAAUGCAUAUCAUGGUGAAUCGAGUCUAGACGGAAGUUUCUCAGAUGAAAUCCCAAGCUCAGGCGAAUUUUCUCUCGAGGCCCAAGUGCGUAGUAUGCCAGAAGCCGGUGAACACAUGGAACGACACAAGAAGGAUCAAACCGAACGAGAGGUGUCUGAAAGGGUUCGGCAAAAGGGUGUUAAAGUUCAAAAUUUUCCGGAGCAUGAGCACCUGGAGAGUGUUUUGCCUCCACAGGUGCAUGCAAGUGUUAGCCAGAAAGAAGGCUAUCUUCAAGAAAACAAGGCUUCACAUAUUAUUUCCCGUGCGAAUGAAAGUCAUAUAUCACCACCAACCGAACAGAUCAAGGAAAGUAACACAAACACAAAUGGGUAUCGUUCCAAUGCUACCUCUCGAUCCCCCUCAAAAGAGAGCCUCGUAUCUUUUUACCUCGCGUCUUCCGAUAAUGAGAUUCCGACUCAUUUUCCGAGGGAUAAGCGUAAUUUCGGAAGAUUUAGCUCCCUCGAUACGUUCGGAAGCUCAUCUCCACCCAUGGCUAAUUACCCAAUAAACGGUACCACCUACUACGCUUACGACAGUAGUGAAUCUUCUUAUGACGGAAAUUACGAUCAAGUUCGGGAACGAAUUUUACAUCACCCAAGAAAGAAUAAAAAGGACACCGACACCAGCAGCAUCGAGAUGCUCGGCAGAAAUGGACUCAGGGGCCAUGCAAGAAACCACCACUGGAGCCAACCGGCCGAGAGCAGUAGGUACACAAGUGGAAAUCGGAAAAGACUCGACGGAGAAGAGGGUUUUUCCAGGCUUCCAUUCCCUUCGAGGGCAAGCGUUCUGAAGCCUCAGUGCCCGGAGCCGAAUAAACUCGACCUGCUGAGAACCGUGUGUGAGCUGCAAGAUCAGCUCAACCGGAUGCAGUUGCCGGAAAUCGGGAGGUACAACAAUCACAAUCACUUCCCUCUCAAAAGAGAGACGUACUCCGGUGCCCGCCAUCCCCACAGUUACAACGCGCGCCCCAGCCAAGUCGAUGUUUGUCCCGGUCAAUGGGAUCUCCCGCACUACAGACCACCGCAAGCCGGCUGCUCGUGCCCACACUGCCUUUCGGGGACUCAAGACUGUCGCUACUCGUCCCAUCUGCCCCCACGCAGCAGCAUGUGCGGUGCUGCUCGGCCCAGCACCUCGAGCGCGCUCCAGCCAGUGACCGACCUGAAGGAGAAGUACUUGAGGCAUGUCCGGCCAGUGGCUGGUGGGGCCCCCAUGGUCUCCUGCUACGACUGCACGGAGCUGCUGCUCCUGCCGGCAGAUUUCCUUCUCUUCAACCGGAAGAAAUACCACCGGCUGAAGUGCGGUGCGUGCCGGACGAUCCUGAGGUUUUCGCUCCACGGGGGGACCCACAUAGUACCCUAUGUGCCGGAGGCCAUAGCUCCUCCGCCUCCGCUUGGCAAUGCCAACACGCGAGACGGGCCGCGCCACCAUCAGGGACCCGUCAGACGGGCCGCUGAGCCCGUUUCCUGUUCGGAUGAUGGCAAGGUGUCCUCCAGAGGUUCGUUUGAGGCUGUCGAGGAUAGGAAGAUGAAAUCUGUGUUGACCGGGUCGUGGGGAGAGGGGGGGUUGGGAAUGGGGAGAUGGAAGGUGGGGCCAACGUCGGAGAUUGAGGAAUUGCCGAGUUCUCCGCUUCAUCGGCUGAUGGGGUACUCGUCGCCUAGCCAAGUGCUGGAUAAUUGAUUGAUUCUUAAGAGGGCGGAAUGGAAACAGGCGGUCGUGUUUUCUGCUGGUUCGAAGGAUUUUCAUGAUUUUUAUGGGUUUUUUUGGUCGGAAUGGAGCAGGGGAGGUUUGGCUUGGCUAAUGGCUACACAGUUUCUUAGUAUAGAAAUGUUUUGUGAGAUAUUGGUGGUUACAUAUAAGUUGCAGUGCUUCUAUAACUUUAAUUGUUUGUUGUUUUUGUUUGUAUGUUCUUGUUGUCUUGUUUAAUUAUGGUAGAGUUAUAAAGCAGAUGAUGAUUGAUUGAUUGUGUACAAAAGUUGAGUUAGGAAUAAUGAUGUAGGCUUGCAUCGUGUCAGUCUGUUCAUUUAUUGUUAUUAUAAUACGAAGGGAUUCAUACAUGAUAAAACA